AUGCAGCUGACGCUGCAGGCGCUCUUGUCUGGUGCGAGGCGCAUGACGCCCUUGCGGGCGCAAGCACUCCACGAGCCAGAGGACAGCUCCUCCUCGGACUUUGUCGAGUCGCCCGAGGAGGGCAUAGGAUUUACUGGCAGAAGGCACACAGUCCACAGCGAGAAGCUGCACAAACACACACAAAACACAAGCCCGAAAAGAACCAGCACUGCUGGCACCCAGACGCGGCAGCGCCAGCCCAAGCGCGAAGCCGCGCAGACAAGCAGCCUAAGGGUCAAGCAAUCAAGCAACAAGCAGCAGGAGGAAUCUUUGCCGGCCCGGGAGGUCUCCGACUUCAUCUGGUAUCUCGCGGACAUCAUUGCUCAGCGCUCGAUGCCUCUUGAGGAUGCGGCGUUUGGUCGGCACUUCGUGCCUGAUGACGGACCUGAUGCUGAGGUCUUGGCUCGCAAACGCGCCGCCACCUAUCAGCGCCUCACCAUGCAGCUGACGCUGGAGGCGCUCUUGUCUGGUGCGAGGCGCAUGACGCCCUUGCGGGCGCAAGCACUCCUCGAGCCAGAGGACAGCUCCUCCUCGGACUUUGUCGAGUCGCCCGAGGCAACGGGGGCAUAG